AUGAGCACUGUGGAAAGUCCCGAGGGGCAGGAACUGCAAAAUCUGGGGAGAGAAGCCUGGGACAACCCUGCUUACAGUGGCCCUCCCUCUCCACAUGGGACGCUGAGGAUCUGCACCAUCUCCAGUGCGGUGCGCCCCCAGCCCCAGCCCAAGAAGCCUGAAGACGGACCCCAGGAGAAGGCACACAGGAUCCUGGUGUCCAGCUGCUGCCUCCAGAUUUUUCGAGGCAUCAGAGGACUUUGGGGAACAACCCUGACGGAGAACACAGCUGAGAACCGAGAACUUUAUGUCAAGACCACCCUGCGGGAGCUUUUGGUGUACAUAGUGUUCCUGGUGGACAUCUGCCUCUUGACCUACGGAAUGACAAGCUCCAGCGCCUAUUACUACACCAAAGUGAUGUCUGAGCUCUUCUUACAUACCUCAUCAGAUACCAGAGUCUCCUUCCAGGCCAUCAGCAGCAUGGCAGACUUCUGGAACUUUGCCCAGGGCCCACUACUGGACAGUUUGUAUUGGACCAAAUGGUACAACAAUCAGAGCCUGGGCCACGGCUCCCACUCCUUCAUCUACUAUGAGAACAUGCUGCUGGGGGUUCCAAGGCUGCGGCAGCUGAGGGUCCGCAAUGACUCCUGUGUGGUACACAAGGACUUCCGCGAGGACAUUUUGAGCUGCUAUGACGUCUACUCUCCGGACAAGGAAGAGCAGCUCCCCUUCGGGCCCCUCAAUGGCACAGCGUGGACAUACCACUCACAGAAUGAACUGGGGGGCUCCUCUCACUGGGGCCAGCUCACAAGCUACAGUGGAGGUGGCUACUACCUGGACCUUCCGGGAUCCCGACAGGGCAGUGCAGAGGCACUCCGGGAACUUCAGGAGGCCCUGUGGCUAGACAGGGGCACUCGGGUGGUUUUCAUCGACUUCUCAGUCUACAAUGCCAACAUCAAUCUUUUCUGUGUUCUGAGACUGGUGGUGGAGUUUCCAGCUACAGGAGGUGCCAUCCCAUCCUGGCAAAUUCGCACAGUUAAGCUGAUUCGCUAUGUCAGCAACUGGGACUUCUUUAUUGUUGGCUGUGAGAUCAUCUUCUGCAUCUUCAUCUUCUACUAUGUGGUGGAGGAGAUCCUGGAGCUCCAUAUCCACCGACUUCGCUACCUCAGCAGCAUCUGGAACAUUCUGGACCUGGUGGUCAUCUUGCUCUCCAUUUUGGCUGUGGGCUUCCACAUAUUCCGGACCCUGGAGGUGAAUCGGCUGAUGGGGAAGCUCCUGCAGCAGCCAAACACGUAUGCUGACUUCGAGUUCCUCGCCUUCUGGCAGACGCAGUACAAUAACAUGAACGCUGUCAACCUGUUCUUUGCCUGGAUCAAGAUCUUCAAGUACAUCAGCUUCAACAAAACCAUGACUCAGCUCUCCUCCACGCUGGCCCGCUGUGCCAAGGACAUCCUGGGCUUCGCUGUCAUGUUCUUCAUUGUUUUUUUCGCCUACGCCCAGCUUGGCUACCUGCUUUUUGGGACCCAAGUGGAAAACUUUAGCACUUUCAUCAAGUGCAUUUUCACUCAGUUCCGGAUCAUCCUUGGGGACUUCGACUACAAUGCUAUCGACAAUGCCAACCGCAUCCUGGGCCCUGCCUACUUUGUCACCUACGUCUUUUUUGUCUUCUUUGUGCUCUUGAAUAUGUUCCUUGCCAUCAUCAAUGACACAUAUUCAGAGGUCAAAGAGGAGUUGGCUGGACAGAAGGAUGAGUUACAGAUUUCUGACCUCCUGAAGCAGGGCUACAACAAGACCCUAAUGAGGCUGCGUCUCAGGAAGGAACAGGUUUCGGAUGUGCAGAAGGUCCUGCAGGGUGGGGAGCAGGAGGUCCAGUUUGAGGAUUUCACCAACACCUUAAGGGAACUGGGGCACGCAGAGCAUGAGAUCACUGAGCUCACAGCCACCUUCACCAGGUUUGACCAAGAUGGGAAUCGUGUCCUAGAUGAGAAGGAGCAGGAACAAAUGCGACAGGACCUGGAAGAGCAGAGGGUGGCCCUCAAUGCUGAGAUUGAGAACCUGGGCCGAUCCAUUGUGAAGAAUCCACCAGGCAAGUCGGGUCCAGAGGCUACUGGAGCAGGUGGCUGGGUUUCCGGAGAAGAAUUCUACAUACUCACAAGGAGAGUUCUGCAGCUGGAGACUGUCCUGGAAGGAGUCAUGGCCCAGGUUGAUGCUGUGGGCUCAAAGCUAAAAAUGCUGGAGAGGAAGGGACAGCUGGCUCCCUCCCCAGGCAGGGUAAGGGGAACAGGCAUUGGGGACCACCUGCAGCCAGCCUCAGCCAUGACUCCAGCCCCCUGGGGAUUCCAGGGUGGGCAGAACAGUGGUUGCGGAGGGGUCCUAAAGCACAAGACAGCAGGCCUCUCUCUCACUGCCUCCCCAGAGGCCCCCUCUGCAUGUACCCUCCACUUCUAG